CAUUUGCUAAUGUAGUUGAAAAUAGUACUAUUAAUGUAAUGUACCAACCCGAAGGAACCAUUUAAAAUUGGAAAUAGCAAAUUGACAUAAAUUAGUAAUUAUAUUUUUGUGCAUCUAUAUAUUGCCUUAAUUUUUUUUUUUUAUCGGAGAUUCCCGAAGUCUAUCUCUUUGUCAAUAUGUCCGAGGUAAUGGAAUUAUCCGAGGAUAUUCGAAAUAUAUUUUGCAAAUAUAAGGAGAAGCAAAAGGUCGAUCUUUUUCGAACACUCAAUGAUGUGAAAUGUUGUGAAUGCGGCCAUCAGUCACGUAUACGCAAUGUCCAACACAAAACCUCCAUCUAUCGGAGAAUGACAAUUUUCUACCAAUUCAUAUUGUCAAUUUUAACGAUACUACUUUUGAUGGCCGCUUAUGCGCUGUGGGCGGCCAGACGCUAUAACCAUGUGCGAUUAUUUGGAACUGGAGGUUGUACUUCAACAUUCUUGUGGACAUAUGAUGACUGCAUUGUGGCUCGUUAGAAUGUGCGACGGUCUAAUUGAAAAAAAAAUCAAAAAUUUUAAAAUAAAGAU